AUGGAUCUUCAUCUCUUACUUCACUUGCUCACCAUUUCCUUCAUUCUGUUGCUUCUGAAGUUAGGGCAAAAAUUCAGAACCAAGAAAUGUUACAAAACAUCCCGGCUUCCUCCAGGGCCACGGAAACUACCUUUCAUCGGAAACUUGCAUCAGGUUGUUGGCCGGCUACCCCACCGGAUAUUGGCCGAUCUGGCCAAGAAAUAUGGACCAAUUAUGCAUCUUCAAUUGGGUGAAGUUCCAACCCUCAUUGUUUCCUCCCCAGAGAUUGCGAAAGAGAUCAUGCAAACCCAUGAUAUCAACUUUUCCACUAGACCUCCAAUUAUGGUAACAGAAAUAAUGACUUACAACUCAACCAGCGUUUCUUUUUCUCCCUACGGAGAUUACUGGAGACAGCUGCGUAAAAUCUGCACGUCGGAACUUUUGAGUCUAAGUCGGGUCCAGUCAUUCCGGCCCCUGAGGGAGGAGGACACGUCGAAUUUGAGCUUAUGGAUCGCAAGCAAUGUUGGUUCGCCUGUAAAUAUGACCAGGAUGUUUCAUUCAUCCAUUUAUACCACUUCUUCCAGGGCGACUUUCGGGGAUAAAAGCCCGCAAUUGGAAACAUUCAUUUACACCAUCAAUGAGUUCGUUAAACUCGCAUCAGGAUUUAACAUUGCUGAUGCUUACCCUUCUAUCAAGUUGCUUCAUGUGAUUAGCGGGAUGAAGACGAAAUUGAAGCAUUAUCAUAAGAUCACUGAUGGAAUACUCGAUAACAUCAUUAAAGAGCGCAGGAAAAGCGUUGCUGGAAAGAGUAGCCCUGAUCAUCAAGGCCACAAAGAUCUUGUUGAUGUUCUUUUGCAAUUUCACCAAGACCAAAACCCUGAAUUUUCCCUGACCGAUGACAAUAUCAAAGCGGUUCUUCUGGACGUUUUUGUUGCUGGAGGUGGGACAGCUGCAAAGACUCUAACUUGGGCAAUGACAGAAUUAGUGAGGCAUCCAAGAGUCAUGGAGAAAACACAACAAGAAGUAAGAGAAGUCUUUAGUGAUAAAGGAUAUGUGGAUGAAGAAUGCUUGGACAAACUCAAGUACUUAAAGUUAGUCAUCAAAGAGACAUUAAGGUUACAUCCACCAGGGCCUCUAUUGCUUCCUAGGAUAAACAAGGAGAAAUGCGUAAUCAACGGGUACGAAAUUCCGGCGAAAACCAAAGUCGUCGUGAAUGCAUUUGCAAUCAACCGACACCCUUCCCAUUGGAAAGAUGCGGAAGUGUUUUGCCCGGAGAGAUUUAUUGAUAGCUCGAUUAAUUAUAAGGGGACGAAUUUCGAGUAUAUUCCGUUUGGUGCUGGAAGAAGAAUGUGUCCCGGAGUUCAUUUUGCGUUGGCAAAUAUGGAUCUCACGCUGGCGAAGAUUCUGUUUCACUUUGACUGGAAAUUGCCAAAUGGAAUGAAACCCGAAGAUGUGGAUAUGACGGAAAACUUUGGGCUUGCAUUGGCCAAGAAACAUGACCUCUUUCUGAUUCCAGUUGUUAGAAAUCCUCUACCUACACCAGCUUGA